AUGUCACUACAGUGGACAUGCGACCACUGUCAAGCGACCACAGUGCUAGCUGAUCAUGAUAAUCCUCGGGAUGUCAAACGUGCCCAUUAUAAAAAAUGCUUAGACAAACCGAAAUCAGUACACAACUGGCCAGUUCCCGUUCUUAAUGGGAAAUACCUUUGUCCAUUUAGAUUCCGGCACUGCAAGAAGGACAAGUGCCCCGGGUGGCUAGAUCCGGAAGUCGCACCUACAGUCACGGUGAAGGAGAUCUAUGGCAUCGAUGCUGACCUUCUCACUCCAGUAGGUUUGGGGAAAUGUUGCGAAGAGAAUUUUCCCUUGAGCGCUGUCCAUAGCAAAACGCUCAAGCUGCCUGUGCCUACUGAGCGCGAGAUCGAAUCGAAUCUAAAACAGCAUACACCGAUUCAGGACUCAAGGCAUCACAAAGUCCAGGACGAGCAGGAGACACCCCAGAGCAAACCUGAGACAGCUCGAUCGCAAAACUUGGAUUCAAUUGCUGCUAUGUCCAACAUAUUCCUAAAAGCCCUUGCAGACACAACUGGGAUGUCCUUCACGCUUCUUGCCGGGGGUCCACCCUCUGAAGCUCAUGGUGAGUUGGAAGUAUACCGGUUUCAUGCUGGUUUAAUGAAACUGGGCAAUUAUCCAAAUUUUGAGAUGGGCGUUGUGGGACCUUUCCGUGAUUUUCUGCACUAUGUAUACUCUUCUCUGCCGGCCGUAGACUUUCUUCCUGACUUCACCCAGAAUGUAACCACUGAGGCCGAGUUUCCAUCUGCGCCAUCUGGCACGACCGAGUAUAGCGAUCCAUUCUGGGCUAGCCCAGAAUUUGACGCCAUUCUGGUUAAAAUGCUGAAUGAUUCCCAAGGUGGAUUGGUCAUACAGGAGAGACAUAGUACUUUGGCCACCACUGCGCUCCCCACCUCAUCUCUCACUACAGGGUCUCCCACAGUAGCUGCUGCGGCCUUGUCUAUACCUGAUGGGUCUUCCGUUAUAGUUUCAGCUGUGCUUGAUGCAGCCCCUAACAGGUCUCCUAGGGCGCCUCCAUCGUCUCUCACUGUACCAUCAGCGGUGCAUCCUGCCCUACUUUCUAAUGUACCUUCUACGGCUUCUGCUAUGACACCUGUCAUCGAGCCCGUACAUGCAGCGAGCCCAAACAUGGCAGAUCCCCUAAAUGCCGAGCAUGAAUGCCGCAGGACAAGCCGGAAGUCUAAACCUUCAAAGCGCAAUGAUGUUGCCAAUUCAAUCGGAAUUCUGGGAAGGGCUUAUCGAGGAGUCCUCAAGUCGUAG